CUUCUGACGUGUAAAAAUCUAUCAAGCCAUUUUAUUAGGCAUUAAUUUUGACCUUUAUCCGUUGCUAUAAAUGUUUAUUUUACGUGAUAUUAUUUUUUUUGUAUUAACUCCUCUAGAUUUAUUUUGAAAAUAAAAUAAUAGCUCAGUACUCGAUAAAUACCUGAAGUAACCGCAACAGUUAUUGGUCUCUUAAAAUAAUCUUCUUUUGAACCAUUAAGAGAAUAUUUUAUAAUGGCAGCCGCAAUUCCUGCUAUUACUAAAUUGUCUAGCAGGAUCAUAAGAAUUCUCGGCUGUAACCCUGGGCCUAUGACAUUACAAGGUACUAAUACUUAUUUAAUUGGAACAGGAAAAAACCGCAUCCUACUUGACGCGGGUGACAAAAAUGUUGGAGAAUAUCAAAAACAUUUAUCAGAUGUGGUUAAUUCUGAACAACUGAAUAUAGAACACAUAGUUGUGACACAUUGGCAUCAUGAUCACAUUGGUGGGGUUGAAAAUUUAUAUGGGUCUAUCGCAAAAACCCCAAAAGUUUGGAAACACAAAUGCGAUCCUAACGAUAGACCAGAUGAUGAUUUACCAAAGAAAAUCCCACUUAAUUGGUUGUCAGAUGGACAAGAAAUUAAGGUAGAAGGUGCAACAGUAAAGGUGCACCACACACCAGGACACACGACAGAUCAUGUGGUACUUAUGUUAAUGGAAGAGAAUAUACUCUUUAGUGGUGAUUGCAUACUCGGUGAGGGGACAGCUGUGUUUGAAGAUUUAUAUACUUAUAUGAAAAGUCUACAAAAAAUUCUAGACCUGAAUCCUGGAACAAUAUAUCCCGGCCAUGGAAAUGUUGUUGAUGAUCCCAUAGAAAAAAUUCAAUAUUACAUUGCUCACAGAAAUCAGAGAGAGGAACAAAUUCUUGAAACUUUAAGGAAUAAUUCUGAUAAACAAUUAAAUGAAAUGGAUUUGGUGCAAUUGAUAUACACUGAGACCCCGGAACAUCUUUGGGCUGCUGCUGCUUACAACGUUAACCAUCAUUUAACAAAACUAACUAAAGAGAAUAAAAUAAAAAGUAUAAAUAGAGAUGGUGAAACAAGAUGGCAGUAUGUAGUUGUGCAAAGUAACUUGUAAUGUCAUUUUAUUGGCAUUAUAAAUGAUGGCCCACUAUUGUUUCUGUUGAAUCAUUAAAUAAAUUUACAGCCUUUA